ACUAAGACUUUAUAAUUAUUGUUUUAAUGCAUAUUUUAUUUAUGCAAAAAUGUUGACUGGUGCACAGUGGUUAAUUUUUGUUGGAAUUACCGCGUUGCAACUAUCCGUAUCAUCAACCCAAGACUCAAAGGAGAAGAAGCCGCAGUCAAUCAGAGAUGUAUUGAACACUACGUCAUGCAUCCCACCGCCUUACCGAUGUCCUCAUCACAAGAUGCAGUUCUUCCUGUACACCAGAACAACGCAAGAAAAAGGAGAGCUACUAAACACUCUCGAUGACAACUCACUCACCCGCUCCAAGUUCAACACUAAACAUGAAACGAAGAUAGUCGUCCACGGCUUCGGAGGAGGCCGGAACCUCUCGCCGAGCACUGACAUGAGGAAAGCCUACUUCACGAGAGGAAACUACAACAUUAUUAUAGUGGAUUAUGGGUCCCUAGUAAAGGAACCUUGUCUUAGUCAGAUCGAUUGGGCUCCCCGUUUCGCUGGGCUGUGCAUCGCGCAACUUGUGGAGUACUUACAGUAUCACCCAACGAAGGCGGUUGCACCUGACAAACUGCACACCAUAGGGUAUAGCGUGGGGGCACAUAUACUGGGACUGGUGGCUAAUUAUUUGUCCAAUGGGAAACUUGGCAGGAUCACUGGUCUCGACCCAACUAUAUUCUUCUACAUGGGUACGAAUCGGUCCCGUGAUCUGGACUACACUGACGCGCACUUUGUGGACAUCCUGCAUACCGGAGCUGGUAUCCUUGGCCAAUGGGGUCCAAAUGGACACGCCGACUUCUACGUGAACGGUGGCUCCAGUCAGCCUGGAUGCGCUCAUGACACUAUCUUCCAAACCCUAUCAUGUGAUCACACGAAAGUGACUCCCUACUUCAUAGAGUCGAUCAACAGUCCUGCUGGAUUUUGGGCAGGACCAUGUUCCAGUCUGUUUUCAUACCUUAUAGGUUGGUGCGAGCCUAAGGAUACAGACUAUGUUCUCAUGGGCGAACAUGUUACUCACAACGCCCGAGGUGUCUACUACGUAACAACGAAUGCUAAGCCACCGUACGCCAGAGGUUUUCCAGGAAAAUCAAGGCGACUCAGAUCCAUAACACCCUAUAGCUGAUGAACAACUACCAUGAACUGUUAGAGAAAACCUUACCAAAAUAAUAAGUUAAGUAGAUAGCCAUUUUUGUCGGGGAACUAAUUUAAUAAUAUCUGUAUAUAGUAAGGUUUCAUGUGAAUCUCUUUUUGUGCAAUGAAUAUGUAUUAACUUAUUAGUUUUGGACUUAGAAUUUGUAAAUCCUGUAAACUUUUGCUUCUAUAAGCUUAACGUCAAUUAUUUUUAAUGGUCUUGAAAUCUAUUUCAG